AGUUUGUGGAUUCAGGAGAAACGAAACCUAUUUCCCUACACAAGCCUCUGCUUAAGGAGCCACACUCUUCUAGUUUGGUUAAAGCUGUAAAGGAGGGAAUAUUUGACCUGUUAUUCUGUCAAAGCAGGCUACUCCUUCAGAAAUGUCUGAAUCUGCAGUGAGUCAGUAUGAGGAUCAGUUCAGCUGUUCAGUCUGUUUGGAUCCUCUGAAGGAGCCGGUGACGAUUCCCUGUGGACACAGUUACUGUAUGAGCUGUAUUACUGACUGCUGGGGCCAGAAGGAGCAGGGGCCGCCGUACCGCUGUCCCCAAUGCAGAGAGAGCUUCAGUCAGAGACCUCUACUGAAGAAGAACACUCUGAUAGCUGAGAUGAUGGAGACGCUGCAGAAGACGUCCCUACAAACGGCUGCUGUGGAGUGUGAUGUUUGCACUACAGAGAAGAACAGAGCUGUAAAGUCCUGUCUGCAGUGCUUGGCCUCCUUCUGUCAAACUCACCUGCAGCUUCACUAUGAAUCUCCUGCGUUUAUGAAGCACAAACUAGUCCAAGCUUCCAGAAACAUUCAGGAGAACAUCUGCCUCAGUCAUGGGAAACUUAUUGAGUUUUACUGCCGGGAUGAUCAUCAGUGCAUUUGUUACUUGUGUAUGAUUGACAAUCAUAACGGCCACCGUUUGGUUUCUCUGGAAUCUGAAUGGACAAAUCAAAAGAAAGAGUUGAAGGAGAUAAAGGUGGCGUGUCAGAAGCUGAUCCAGGAGCGAGAGAGAGGUCAGCGGGAACUCAGAGAAGCUGUGAAGUCUUUUAAAAGUUCAGCUCUAGAGACCAUGGAGGACAUUGAGAAGGUCUUCACUGAGCUCAUCUGCUCUCUUGAGAAGAAACGCUCUGAGAUUAAAGAGCAGAUCAGAGCUCAGGAGAAGACUGAGAUAGAUCGAGCAGAGAAACUUCACAAACAUCUGGAUCAAGAGCUGACAGAACUCAGAAAAAGACAAGCAGAGAUUGAGAAACUUCUGAUUACUGAUGAUCAGAUCCAGUGUCUGAAGAGCUGUCAGUCUGUGUGUGUUUUACCCUCAUUUGAAGACGUUCCCAGCUUCACUCAACACACUCAUCUGUCUUUUAAAGACAUUUCAAUCUCAGCGUUUAAGAAGGUUUUGGAGGACGUCUGUCAACAGCAAACAGCUAAAAUAUCUCGAGAAGUGUCAAAUGUCCAUGUUUCAGAGUCUCCAAAACCUGAAUCUCCAAAUGAAUUUUUGCACUAUUUCUGUCAACUGCAACUGGACCCAAACACUGCACAAGAAAACCUCAUCCUGUCAGAAGAGAACAGAAAAGCAACACAUUCAGUUGAAGUCCAGAAAUAUCCUGAUCAUCCAGAGAGAUUUGAUGGAUAUUACCAUGUCUUGUGUCGAGAGGGUUUGUACGGUCGCUGUUACUGGGAGGUCGAGUGCAGUGGGGACGACUGGUCUGUAGCAGUUUGUUACAAAGGAAUUAGUCGUAAAGGAAGAAGUAAUGACUGCAGACUAGGGUUUAAUAACAAGUCGUGGAGACUGUCCCGCUAUCAACAGAAUGUCCAUUUCAUACAUAAUAAUAUAGAAGUCUCAAUCUCUGCUUUCCGCUCCUCUAGAAUAGGAGUGUAUCUGGAUCACAGAGCAGGAACUCUGUCCUUCUACAGCGUCUCUGACACAAUGACUCUCCUUCACAGAGUCCAGACCACUUUCACUGAACCCUUAUACCCUGCUUUUGGGGUUAGUCUUUCAUCUGUCAGGAUCUUAGAGAAGAGGAGAAUUUAGAUCAGUAAUGAAAGACUCACAAGAUGUCCUAUACUCUUUAGAGAAGAGAAGUUUUAUUUAGGCUAUAUAGCACCUUUCUGUAGCUCAAGGUCGCUUUACAUUGUACGUUACAAUACAUUUGCACACCCACAUACAUAAUCCAAACAUAAGGCCACAUACUGCCACAUUAUCCAAAAUACAUAUUAAAUACAGUUUACAGUUAAAGGUAUAGAUAUACCCAAAGCAUUUAUGGAUUUCUGCAUCAUUCCUGUCAACUUUUCUCUAUCUAGUACUGCCAAAGAAAACCAGACGAUUGCAGUUCAUUGUUAAGCCACAAGUUGUCCGCUUUAGCUUGCAAAGUCCUCGUGUUUCACAAGUGUUUUCAUUUUUGUGUAAACUAAUUUGCAAUGUAAAACCUACUGGCAUUUACAAUUAACCAAUUCCAAUAGUCAAGAUUAGAUAUUAGAAAACGUUCUAUACAAUAACAUUUACGGACUUUUGUCAAAAAAGUGGCUUUCAGAGCUGUUAAAGUGCUCACAUUAUUGCAUUAGAUUAAACAUGUUUAACAGCUUUAAUAAAUGUACCUAAUUUGGCAAAAAAAAAA